AUGCUCCGUCCGACUUUUCCUCCUUCUUCUCUCUCCUCCCUCAUCUCUCCUCGAUCGACCUUUAAUCCUUCUCGUUUGCGUCCUCGCUUGGCUUCGUCACACCCGCCCUCCUUCGCCUUUCCUCGGUGUAAUCGUCGACUGUACUCCACUGAGUUCAAUCCUUCCGUUCAUUCCGCCCCUCCCCGCUCGCGACUACGCCGCUUCGCAGGCUUCGCGUCAAUUGCUGUCCUCGCCUUUUCCGCCGGCCUUAUCUACCAGACCCAACGCACCGUUUCGCGACUCAUGGCGACCCCAAUCAUUUCGGACGAGCAGACGCUCACCGCGUAUACCCCUGAGGAUGAGAUUGCCCAGGAGAUUAACGAGCGCCUCCGAACACACCCCGAAGCCAUCCGGUUGCGCGAGGACCCUGAGUUCACGGAAGCCCGUCCGCACCUGAAGAUUCCGGAGACUCUACGCCCGCGCAGCCUGACUGCCGGUACCUUGGCUGGCCCGAACAAGAUUGUGGUCCCCCCGUACGUGUUCAGCGAGCGCGGGGGCAAGAGCAUGGUCUCGCUCAUGUACCUCGGCUCUGAUAUUUGCGGCCACCCCGGUAUUGUCCACGGUGGUCUUCUAGCUACGCUCCUGGAUGAAGGGCUGGCGCGCUGCUGCUUCCCCGCGCUCCCCAAUAAGGUCGGUGUUACCGCCAACCUGAACAUCGAUUACCGGGCCCCCGCGAUGGCGAACUCCUAUGUGGCUCUUCGGGCCGAGACCGUCAGGGUCGAGGGCCGCAAGGCGUGGGUGGAGGGUCGCAUCGAGACCCUCCCGGAGGAAGGCAAAGAGCCGGUCGUCUUAGUGGAGGCCAAGGCACUGUUUAUCGAACCCAAGCAGGCGGCUGCCCUGUCGAGCCUGUACCGUGGCGUCACCGAAUGA